AUGCCAUCCGUAGAGCCAGCUGACUGUAGCUCAGAAGCAAGGGAGUGUUCGAACGAAAACGGUGACUACAGCACCGAAAUGCCUGCCGACGGUACAGUGAGUCAUGAGUCGCCGGACCCAGACCGACACCUAAUUCCUGGCGACCGCAUCGAGCACAGUGAAGAAAUCGAUCUACCUACGGUACGCGAGUUUACGCAAAACGAUACGAUCAACAAAUUUUUGCUGAAUUCGUUCCUGCAGCGCAUAAAUGAUAGCACCAAUCCAGAGGGACACCGUGAACCGGGUGCAGUUGCGACCGCCGCCGAAGAACAAGAACAGGAUUUUGAUUCUUAGCUGUGAGAAGCGGG